AUCCAGGAUACUGAAACACAUUAUCAAUGGACCCAGAUCUCGACUUCCAAUCUGCAAAUCUUCAUGCCAAAGCCAACAAUACCGAGCAUCGCACGAGCGAGAUAAGCACGCAGCGACUCAUAAUCAGAAGGGGCCAAUCAUUUAACAUCAGUCUAAGGUUUAAGGGCCGAGUAUUCAACCAGAGAACAGAUAACAUCACGUUUAUCGUAGAAACAGGGAAUAAAUACCAGGAACCUUAUAGAGAAAGAAUCACAUUCUCCCUAUCGACUAUCAACAGUAAAACCGAUUGGAGCGCAUCAGUUACAAGCAGUAGCGACAAUUCUGUGCAAAUAUCAGUUUUUCCUCCUGCAAAUGCCACCAUUGGGCUUCACAAUCUGAAGGUUCAGAUAAAUAAUCAAAGAUUAAAUAUCAGCCAUCUUCUUGGUGAAUUUAUCGCACUCUUCAACCCAUGGUGUCCUGAGGAUUCUGUUUUCCUGGAAAAUGAAGAAGAGAGGAAGGAGUAUGUCAUGAAUGAAAAUGGAUUUGUUUAUGUGGGUAAUGCGGACUGGAUUGUACAACAGUCAUGGAACUAUGGGCAGUUUGAUGAGGAUAUUUUAGAGAUUUGUCUACAAAUUCUGGACAGGAGUCAGUCUCACAUAAAAGACCCCCAGAAGGAUUAUUUCCGGAGACACGAUCCUGUGUAUAUCAGCAGAGUGGUUAGCGCUAUGAUUAAUGGCAAUGACGACAAUGGGGUUCUGCAGGGAAGAUGGGAUGGAAAUUAUGACCUUGGAACAAAUCCCUCCAUGUGGAAUGGAAGCUGUUCGAUUUUACGCAAGUGGGCGUCUAUGGGCUUUCACCCUGUAAAAUACGGACAGUGUUGGGUGUUUGCUGCAGUAUUUUGUACAGUCAUGAGAGGCUUGGGAAUUCCAACUCGUGUGGUUACCAACUUUGACUCUGCGCAUGACACCAAUGGAAAUUUAUUUGUUGAUGAAUAUCAUGAUAUCAGAGGCAACUUGAUCAAAAACGAAAGCAAGGACAGCAUAUGGAAUUUUCAUGUCUGGGAUGAGAGUUGGAUGGCUCGUAAAGAUUUACCACCUGGAUAUGAUGGGUGGCAAGUACUAGAUUCAACACCUCAGGAAACAAGUGAUGGAAUUUUUUGCUGUGGACCAACAUCAGUCAGAGCUAUUAAAGAAGGAGAUAUUCACCUAAAUUAUGACGCGCCAUUUGUAUUUGCCGAAGUCAAUGCAGAUAUUGUUUCCUGGGUUGUGCAGCCUGAUUUGUCCCAUAAGGAAAAGAUUUACAGAGACACUAAACAGAUAGGAAGAUUUAUCAGCACUAAGAGUGUUGGGAAUAAUGUUCGAUUCGAUAUCACCAGCAAUUACAAAUAUAAAGAAGGUUCUGAACAAGAGAGGUCUGUGUUUAAAAAAGCAUUGGCAUCACUAAAUGGUAACCGGAUGAAUGGUCCGAACUCCAAUGCAUCUUCAUCAAUGGAAAACAACCGCAUUGAUGUUAAUUCUUCAAACCCUCCUCUUCGUGACACUGGCAUUGAGUUCAAACUGAAACUUGUGGAAUCUCCAGUUAUAGGUCAAGAUAUCAACUUCCUAUUGGUGGCUUUGAAUCUCGCAGUUGAGAUUAAAAAAAUAAAUAUCAAUAUUAGUGUACAGAGCAUGAGGAACGAUGGCAGGCCGUUCGAUCUUGUGUGGCAGGAAACAGGUUUCAUUCAACUAGGUCCUAAUGAAGAGAAGAUGUUUCCCUACCAGGUUCCUUAUUCAAAAUACAGGAGGUACCUGACUGAUAAUAAUCUGCUGAAAGUGUCCACAUUAGGAGAAUUAAGGGACAUUGGGAAUAAGUUGUUGGUUGAGAGGAACAUCACAUUAGCUACUCCUGACAUUCAAAUUGAGGUAACUGGAAACGCCAUGGUUAAUAAGCCGUUUAAUGUGACAAUCACAUUCAAUAACCCGUUGUCUGAAGAACUACAUGACUGUGUGCUGAGACUGGAGGGCCAAGGGCUGACGUACGGAUUUAUUGAAAUAAAGUUGGGUACCAUCAAGACUCACCACAGUAUGAGAAUCCAUGUUGAGUUGACACCCUAUCAAAAUGGACAAAAAAUCUUACAUGCAAAUUUCCACAGCGACAAGCUCAAAUUAAUUAAAGCCUUUAAAGAUAUUAGAGUUUUUUCUUCCUAUGUGUAAAUUAGGUUCAACUUCUAUAUUGUUAAAAUUCACCGUUUAAGUAGCAACAAACUGAAAUUGUUUUUUUUUAAUAAAAUUGUGUACAUUUUUUUUA